CCGCAGAGCUCCCCUCCCCGCGGGAGAGGGUCCGGGCCGCUUUGCGAGCCAGCUCUGUGCCGGCUGCCUGUCUGCCCUGCUCCUUGCGCUCUUUCCUCCGCACCGUCCGCCCCGUCCCUCUGCCCCAGGAUGCCUCCCAACCUCACCGGCUAUUACCGCUUCGUCUCCCAGGAGAACAUGGACAAUUACCUGCGGGCUUUAGAUAUCAACGUGGUCCUGCGAAAACUGGUUUGCCUACUGAAGCCUGACAAAGAAAUCAUUCACACGGGGGAUCACAUGGUUAUCCGCACCAUCACCUCCCUGAGGGACUAUGUGAUGGAUUUUGACCUGGGAGUCCAGUUUGAGGAAGACUUGGGACCUGUGGAUGGACGCAAGUGCCAGACAACUGUCUCCUGGGAGGGGGAUCAGCUGGUGUGUGAGCAGCUAGGAGAGAAGAGGAACCGAGGCUGGAGGCACUGGCUGGAGGGGGACAAGCUGCAUCUGCGCAUGACUGCUGAAGAUGAGAUCUGCGUCCAGGUUUUCCAGAAGGUGAAGUGAUCGCUCCCCGGAGGGAUGCCCGGACGGGACCCUCGCUCCCCAGUAUGAAAAAGAAAACGAAACAAGACCCGAGCGAGCCGAGUUCCCCCA